AUGUCUUUUCCGGUAACACUGAAACUUAACGAAGCUAUGCUAUCCCUAAUAAUCUUCGUCGUUCUCCACCUCAUCACCACCGCUUCCGGUGGUUCGCCGCCUUACACUCCCAUAAACCACAUCCUUCAUAACUGCGGAGCACCCUCGGAGCAGGAUUUCAAAGGCCGCACCUGGAAAACUGACGACAACUACCCAGAAUGCCUUCCCGCAAAUGAGAUAGAUAUAUCAGUAACUCAAACAGCGGCGGUUGUGGGAGCUGAGGUCCCAUACGGCACCGUCCAUAUCUUUCGAAAACAGUGCACUCGCUCUUACCCUGUUUCUCCAGGCCUCAUGUUCAUCCGCCUCCAUUUUAACCCUACCAAUUACACCGUUCCCGGCAUCAUCACUUUUCAACCGGAAGACUAUUUCUUCUCAGUUACCGCUAAUGAGUAUACCUUAUUGGCUAACUUCAGCGCCUUUCUCUUCGCCUCUGUAGAUAAUCCCAUCGUUGAAAAGGAGUAUGUUGUAAACGUCAAUGCCGAUCGGCUCAACAUAACCUUCACUCCUUCUCCCAACUCUGUUGCGUUUGUCAACGGAAUCGAGAUUGUCUCGAUUCCGACAGGCUAUUACAUUCGGGGAGAAGGCGCCGGCGAUGACGACAACCAGAUAAAACGGGUCGGAGCGGAUAGUAACUACUAUUACCUCUUCAACAAUACUGCUCUGGAGACUCUGCACAGGCUGAAUGUUGGGGGGCAAACUCUUUCUCCGGUGAACGACACCGGCAUGGACCGCACGUGGUAUUCCGACGACGAAUAUCUCAUUGGUUACGGAUAUUUUACUCCUCACUUGGAUGUCAACAUCACCUACACUUCAUCUACGCCGGCGUACUCUGCACCUGAGAUAGUAUAUACUUCCUCCAGGACAAUAGCCAAUUACAGCAAUGCUGUCAAUUGGACGUUUCCGGUGGAUUCAGGGUUUUUAUAUCUUUUCAGGCUCUAUUUUUGCGAGUUUGCAAUCGAAAUCGAUGGCGGCAAUGAACGAGUUUUCUCGGUGGACAUAGCGAAUAAAACGGCUGAGAGCCAUGUUGAUGUUUUUUUAAUGGCCGGCGGCUCCAAAAUUCCGAUCUUCAGGGACUAUCUGAUGAAUGUGUCGGAUAUGGAUGGUCGCCGGAAUAAGCAGAAUGUUUCGUUUACUAUAAGGCCUAACAUGACAACCCGACCUGUAUGGGCGAAUGCGCUCUUAAAUGGAUUAGAGAUUUUCAAGUUGAACAAUACGCAAGGGAGCAUGGCCGUGCCAAACCCUGAGCGUCUACAAAUUUCUGUUAACCCAGCGCCGCCAGCUGGUCGGCCUGGGUGGAGUAGAAAGAAUCCCAAAAAUAAAAGGUUUGCGGCCGUUGCUGGUGGCGCGGCGGGCGGGGUUGCGGUGGUGGUGAUCUUGGUGUUCUUGGUUAAUCUUCAACGGAAAAGAGCGACAAGAGACUCCGCUAAAAAUCUCACCAGGUCAUCAAGUUCAAACGCCGUCAACGACUCCAGCCCGGAGCAAUCAACAGAAUCGUGCAGACAUUUCUCCCUGGAUGAGCUCAAAUCGGCCACGGCUGAUUUCGACGAGAGCUAUGUUAUUGGCAAAGGCGGUUUCGGAAAAGUCUAUCGAGCUUCCAUUAACCAAUCAGAUUGCAGCAUUGAAGACGGAGAAAACUGCAGUAUUGUUGCGGUGAAGCGAUUGAACAAGGCGGAGUCUAAGCAAGGAGAGAACGAGUUUUGGAUGGAGAUCAAAAUGCUUUCUCGUCUCCGAAACCAAAACCUCGUCUCCCUAAUCGGCUACUGCAACGAAGAUCAAGAAAUGUUACUGGUUUACGAGUUCAUGGCGAGAGGAACACUCGCGGACCAUCUCUACAAGGUUAACGAUGAUAACCGCCCCAGUCUCUCCUGGGAACAGCGGCUCAACAUUUGCCUCGGCGCCGCGCGCGGAUUGCAUUACCUUCACGCCCGAAAAGUCAUUCACCGGGACGUCAAGACCUCAAACAUCCUGCUAGACCAAGAUUUGGUGGCAAAGAUAUCAGAUUUCGGGUUAUCCAAAACCGGACCUGGAAACGAUUCCUUCACUCACAUCACCACAGACGUGAAGGGGACCUUUGGCUACUUGGAUCCUGAAUACUUCCUGACAAAGCGAUUAACCACGAAAUCCGACGUGUUUGCGUUCGGAGUGGUGCUAUUCGAAGUGCUCUCAGGUCGGCCGGCGCUGGACAUGAAACUCGUGGAGGAGCAGCACAGCCUGGCAACGUGGGCUGUGGAGUGCAUCAGAAAAGGAGAAAUUGAUCAAAUGUUUGAGGGGUGUUUGGUGGGGAAAAUGUCUCCGGCGUGCUGGAAAGUAUUCGUGGAAAUCGCAGGAAGAUGCUUGCGUAGAGAACCACGGCAACGGCCUGACAUGGCGGAUGUAGUGAAGAAUCUUGAGUUAGCAGUGGCCUUACAACAAAGGGCGGCGGAAUUAGCAUUGAAUGUAAGCAUUAUUGGCAGUGAUAAUCCUUAUCCUAGUAAGGGGUGGAGGAGUUAUCUCCUCAGAUCGCACCUAGCUAUACCAACUCUUUCAAAGGGGGACAGUAAUUGA